CGAUCUUCUCUCCUUUUUCUGUGAGCGCAGGGCAAAGGAAACGGAAAAAGAAAAGCUCUCACUCCACUCCACGCAGCGCCCGCUGGAACAACCACCCCCCGGCCUUUGGUUCCCAAAACCCUCGAUCUCUUUACCCCCAGAACCCUAACUCCACUCUUCCCCACCUCCCAGAUCCCGCCUCCGCCCCGGAUCUCGCCCCAAGAAACCUCCCUCGCCGGCGGCGGCUUCCUCCGCCGCUCUCUCCGUCUCUCGGAACGCUAGAUCCUCCCCAUUCCGGCUCCCGCCACUCAGAUCCGUCGCCGCCAUGGCAGCAUUCUCUUUCCUGGCCGCGCUGCUCGCUGGAAGCCUUCUGGUGUGGAGCUCCCACUCGCUGACGCUUUCCUCGAGGCUGGUCCACCGCUUCUCCGACGAGGCCCGGGCGGCUGCCGCCUCCCGUGGCGGCGGAGGGUGGCCUGCCCGGAGGAGCGCGGAAUACUACCAGGUGCUGGCCCGGAGCGACCUCCAGCGGCAGAAGCGGCUGCUCGGGUCUCGCUACCAGACGCUCUUCCCCUCCGAGGGGAGCGAGACCCUCCAUCUCGGGAACGACUUCGGCUGGUGAUAAAGAUCUAGGUAUGUAUAGUCCAGCUGAAUCAAGAACCAGCAGGCAUCUCUCUUGCAGUCAUGAGCUUUGUGCUUGGGGGUCUAGCUGCAAUAGUGCGAAGCAGCCUUGUCCAUAUAAUAUCAACUACGACUCGGAAAAUACAUCCAGUUCAGGAUUUCUGGUUGAGGAUACACUGUACUUGGCAUCCAAUGUGGACCACAGACCUAUACAGGCUUCAGUCAUUAUAGGUUGUGGUAGGAGGCAAAGUGGUGAUUAUUUGGAUGGAGUUGCUCCUGAUGGCCUUCUAGGAUUGGGAUUUGGGGAAAUCUCGGUUCCAAGCUUCCUUGCAAGAUCUGGAUUGGUGCGAAAUUCUUUCUCAAUAUGCUUUCAAGAAGAAGAUUCUGGGAGAAUUUACUUUGGGGAUCAGGGGGUUGCCACCCAACAGUCGACUCCAUUUAUUCCUUCCAAUGGGAAGUACAUGACUUACAUUGUUGAGGUGGAAAGUUUUUGCAUCGGAUCUCAAUGUCUUGGGAAAACCAUCUUCCAUGCACUAGUUGACAGCGGCUCAUCAUUCACAUCUCUCCCUGACAAUGUUUAUAAGAGAGUCACUACGAAGUUUGACAGGCAAGUUAAUGCUUCGAGGCUUGUUUACAGUGAUUCUCCUUGGGAGUACUGUUACAAAGCCAGUCCUCUUGAGAUGCCUGAGAUACCAACUCUGACAUUAAUGUUUUCUGUCAACAAGAGUUUCGUGGCUAAUAGUCCUGUUCAUCACGUUUAUGGGGAAGAGGGAGAUCUUGCUGGAUUUUGCUUAGCUCUACAAUCAUCAUCAGAUAGCAUGGGGAUUAUUGGACAGAAUUUUAUGACGGGGUACCGUAUAGUUUUUGAUAGAGAGAAUUUAAAACUAGGAUGGUCACAAUCCAAUUGUCAUGAUCUUGACAACAGCAGGAGUGUACAUUUGACGCCACCGCCACAAAAUAGGCCUGAGAACCCAUUGCCGACAGAUGAGCAGCAGAGCAGCCCCAAAGGCCGGGCAGUUGCACCAGCAGUGGCUGGUAGGACUCCUCCCACCAAUCCGUCAGCAGCUUCACCACAAGUGGUCACCCAGUACUGUUUGUUGUUACUACUGACUCAGUUGGUCAUUUCUGAGGGAAGUUCUCGAAGAUAAGAGAGCAAAAAUGUCGACACUCUGUUCAAAUCUUUUACCGGUGAUGACACAUUAGUUUUCAGAUGCUUUCAAGAUCUCAGGCAUUAUUCACCUCAUUUGUGGUCCUGUAUAAAAGUUCUGACUGUAGAAAUUAAGGAUGCAUCAAUGAUGAAGAUUAAGAUACGGAGCUUUAACGUAAGUACCAAUUGAAGAUUAAUAUUUUAAAA